AUGGCAGCCCCAAGUCGAUCCGGCCACUUUACCAUCACCUUCUCCUCGUCUUCCUCAACAACGACGAACAAUGAUCCUUCUUCUUCCUCAUCACAAGCUCCACCUUCUUCGAACACCACCACCACUGCAGCAAGAGUUUUAAAUGUUCUUACUACAUUCUUCAAUACAGCAGCAGCAACAACAACAAACACUACAUUAUCCUCGAACCAAUCUGUUCCUGCUGUUACCCACCCCAAUCAUCACAACAACAAUGCAAAUACCACUGUGUCAUCAUCGAACGUAAUAAUGAUGACGACGAUGACAACACCUCCAACCAUUUCGACCAACACCAAUACCAACACCAACACCACACGACGAGCUUCACUUCAUCUUUCACUUUCAGCACUGCAAGAAGAUCCAGCUGCCAUUACAAAUCAUCCAUUGGUUCUUCCUUCACCCUCUCAUUUCAAGAGAUUCUUUUUGAACGAGAGAUCAUCCUCACAUCCUUUCCAUGGUAAAAAUUCGAAAAGAGGUGGAUUCUUUCAUUGCUAUGAUGUGAAAACCUUGAUUUCGAGUUCCAAUAAUUUUUCCUUAGAUAAUUCUUUGAGACUUCAUUCACAAAAACAUUCCUUGUUGAUUCAUCGAUCUCAACUUCCACAAGACAAUAAUGGAGGAGCUAGAGCUGCCGGCACUCCUCCACCUGCUCAAUGGAGUCCAACCGAUCUCCCAUGUAUGCAAUUCAAUCAUCCCUCAAAAAUUUCACACCUGAAGAGUAUUCACACCAAUUCUCAAUACACCUAUUUUGAAGUCAAGAUUUCAGAAAAGAUGUUUUCUGGAAAUAGUACAAUGGCUCCUGAGAUUGGCAUUGGAUUUGCUCCAGCUGGUUUCAAAGGAAUGGUGGGUUGGUCCAAAGACACGAUUGCUUUUCACAUGGAUAAUGGACGAGUGUAUGAUGAGAGAGAUUCAACCAAUAGAAUUGCUGAUCGAGUAUUCUUGUCAAAUGUUUCCAAGGGUGAUGUCAUUGGUUGUUUGCUGAAUCAUCGAAGUGGUGAAUUCUUGGUUGUGAGAAAUGGUCAAGAAUUGCACAACUUGAAAUAUGGAACUGUUUUUGUUCAUGACAAAUUCAAGAGAAAUCACCAAGAUCCAGUCAAAUAUUUACCAACCAUUUCAUGCUCAGAUAUUAAUUUGGAAGCGGAAGUGAAUUUGGGAUUGGAUUUGGUUCAAUUUCCAUUUGUCUAUCCUCGUGUCAUUCAUUGCAAAGAACGAGAGAAGAUGUUUGCCAUGGUUAAGAAUCAUGAUCAGAGGCAGCAUUCACCAUCUCUCAGUCAUGGAGAGAGUUGUUGUCGAUUUUCUGAUAUUGAAAUUUGGACAGUUUCUGAGUAA